UUUCCUGUCACGUCUGACAUUUGAAUCGAUUGUAUUUCAUGUAAUUUAUAAUGGAUAUUCCACAAAUAAAGUCUUACGAGGAGCAGGCCAUAGACACGGUCGUGUCUGUUUUAAACAGAGCGAAAGAAUCGCUCGGUGAAAGGCAAACACUUAAACAACUAGCCACCAGUCGCGAUUACCUGACCCCGCCGGGGAAGGUAAUUUUAACAUCCCUAGGCUGCCCUCUAGCGGUGACAAGCGAGAAACUCAUUAAUAAAACCAUACAAAAGAAAUGGCGUCUCACAGAUACAUUCAUGUACGUGCUGCAUUACAUGGGCUCUUCGAAGGAUGAGUGUUCCCAGUACUAUUAUUUUGAGGCUGUCUUCAGUCAGCCGACUGCUUCUUAUCCAAUACCACAAGCGACGGCGACCGUAUUCUUCAGGGUCGAGGACAAACAUGUUGAGCCACCGGAGAUCAAGGGCGUGCCGACGAUGACGUUCAGGUUGGAAGGCCACCGUACAGACCACGAUGUACGCCAAGUUCUCUUGAUACCUGAUUGGAUCCUUGGCAUCAUGAAGAUGAAGAUCAAAUUCUUCCAGAGAUUGGAGGAACUGACACUGUUCUAAUCCGCUAAAACUUAAUGCGACUUGGAGACUAAAAAGUUUUGAAGGCCACGAUAAAUAGUUAAUGUUCUUAAAGCAUAUACUUACUACGAAUCAAAGUAAUUUAUUAGCAAUAGUUUUUAAAGCAGAAUUUAAAGAAUGUCUUUAGUAUUUAACGAGGAGAUUUCCUUUUAAUAAGAAACCGUCAGGCUACUCCGGUUUUGGACCUGAUGCCUUGUUUGAGAGAGAUAUCACGUCGUAUUCCUCAUCUUGUUUACGAAGUAGUUUCCUGACAUUUUUUUGCGCUAUAGACAACAAAUAUACAGCACUGAUGAUAUAAUUCUUUCAAUUCAUGCUUUUCCUACUUUCCCAGAUGCAAUACAUUAUCUCAGUUGGUUGUUCUCGCAUACUGAAAUCUCAAGUCCUGAAACUUGAACUAUCGUAUACUAAAUAUUUCCGACAGUUUUUUUUUUAAAUACUAAUAUUAAAUAUUAAUAAAUUUUUUUGAUAUCCAUUAUUGUAUUAGAUUGCAAUUAUUAAAUAAAUUUUCUGAGUACAAAUAUAUCAAUAACCAAUUGGU